GAGAGUGCUCUAUCUGCCAUACACUUGAAUAGAUCAACGCAUUCGUUUCGUGUGUAACUGUUGGAAAUCUUCGACGCAAGAGAAACAACACAAUGAACGAAGUGUGGGUGCUGGCAGCCAUCUUACUGCACGCCGUGGGAGGGACGGGCACUGCAGGGCCAGCCAGGGGAUGCCAGUCCCAGGCCAGCUGUAAAGAAUGCCUGAGGAGCCCAGGCUGUGGCUGGUGCAUGCAGAAGGGCUUCCUGAAGUCCGGGGAGCCGAACGAGCGGCGUUGCGACACCGCGCAGGCGCUGGAGGAGAGGAACUGCGGGCGGGAGCACCUGAUCAAUCCCCAGCCCGGCGUGGAGGAGAUGAAGAACGUGGACCUGCGGAGCGACUCGGAGAACGUGGUGCAGCUGCAGCCUCAGAGCCUGCACCUCAAACUGCGCAUCGGAGUCCCAGAGACGUUCGAGGUGUGGUUCAAGCGGGCGGAGGGGUACCCCAUUGACCUGUACUACCUGAUGGACCUGUCCUACUCCAUGAAGGAUGACCUGGAAAAGAUCAAGCACCUGGGGGAGGAUAUCCUCAAGGCGCUGAAGAAGGUCACGAAGAAGGUCAGGAUCGGCUUCGGGUCCUUUGUGGACAAGGUGGCCUCGCCGUACGUCAGCCAGGUCAAGCUCAAGCUGGCCAACCCCUGCCCCAGCCGCAUGGACAGCUGCCAGCCGGCCUUCAGCUUCCACAACGUUCUGCGGCUCACCGAAGACGCGGCGGAGUUCAAGACCCGGGUCAGCAGGCAGCGGAUCUCCGGCAACCUGGACUCCCCGGAGGCCGGCUUCGACGCCAUGAUGCAGGCGGCCGUGUGCCAGGAGGCUAUCGGCUGGGCUAACGUCACCCGCAUCCUGGUCUACACCUCCGAUGACACCUUCCACAUGGCUGGCGAUGGCAGGCUGGCGGGAAUCUACCUGCCCAACGAGGGGAAAUGCCACCUCAGCGCAGACGGCUACUACAACAGAGCCACCGAAUACGACUACCCCUCGAUUGGCCGUCUCUCCAGGGCCCUCUCUGCCAACAACAUCCAGCUGAUCUUCGCUGUCACAGAGAGGAGUGUGCCCAGCUAUCAGGCUCUGAGCAAACUCAUCCCCAAGUCUGUAGUGGGAGUGCUGGAGGCAGACUCCAGUAACGUGGUCCAGCUCAUUUCUGAUGCUUACGGGAACCUGUCGUCCACCAUCUUACUGGAGCACCAGCGCGCCCCUGCUGGGCUGGACAUUUCCUACCGGUCCAAAUGCAGCCACGGCGUCCACAGACCGUGGCAGAGGAACGGCGAGUGCAGCAACGUCAGGAUCAACGAGCAGGUGGAUUUCACUGUGAAGGUGACGGCCACCUCCUGCCUGCCGGGGGUGGAGGAGUUUGUCAUCAAACCGCAGGGCAUUGGCGAGGAGCUGAGGGUCACCGUGGAAACGCUGUGCGACUGUAACUGUGGGGACUCGAAGAACCACUCCGCCCACUGCAGUGGGAACGGCACGCUCAGCUGUGGAACCUGCAGCUGUGAGGAGGGGCAGCUGGGCCAGCACUGCGAGUGCGAGAGGCAGGGGGACGCGGUCACGGUGGCGGCCAUGGAGGCGCAGUGCCGGCAGACCAACGAGUCGCAGCUGUGCAGCGGGCAGGGCAGCUGCCAGUGCGGACGCUGCCUGUGCCAGGAGGCGGGCCGGCGGGGCCAGUUCUGCGAGUGCGACGACAACAGCUGCCCCCGACACAACAACCAGCUCUGUGCAGGUCAUGGGUCGUGUAACUGCAGCAAGUGCAUCUGUCAUGGAAGCUACACUGGCGAUGACUGCAGCUGCUCCGGGCAGACGGAUAAGUGCGUGGGGAAGGAUGGCAGGGUGUGUAGUCAGCAUGGCCGGUGUGAGUGCAACCAGUGCGUUUGCAACAAGCACUUCUUACCGAGUGACUGCUCAGAGCUCAGAGUAUCGUGCCAAGACUUCCAGAAAUGUGCUCUGUGCGCGCUAUCACACCACAGCCAGAACUGCAGCCUGGAGUGUGGCACAGAGGAUGUGGUGAAGACUGAGAGAGCUGACGACCAGCGGGAGUUCACCUGCCAGUACGCCCAGGUCCGCUACACCGUGGACUCCAAAACCGACGACGGCAGAAUCUGGGUGUACUACGCCGAUCUCCCAGAGCCCAUCGACCUGACGAUGGUGGCAGUGGGCGGUUCGAUCGUGGGCAUCAUCCUCAUCGGCAUUGCCAUCAUCAUCGUGUACCGGCUGCUGCUGGAGCUGUACUACCGCAGAGAGUACCACACCUUCAUCGACGAGCAGAAACGCGCCCAGUGGAACGUGGAUCGCAACCCGCUGUUCCAGGGAGCUACAACCACAGUCUUCAACCCCAUGCACACUAAGGAGUUGGACUGUGACUGUGACUGAGACUGUGCCAGGCUUAGUGUGGGGUUAGCUCAGGCCACAGGCUGCUCAGUCGACCACAGCAAGAUCAGAAAGUGUUUUUAUGAAUGUGUAUGGACAAUGGCUGUGAGGAUUUUUUUUUAAUGGAAACCAGAAUGACAGUUGGGUGUCCCAUAUGGUCUAUUUGUACAUCGGUGAUAACUGAAACAUUGGUCAUUGAAACAUUUAGUAUGAACUUGAUACAACCUUGAGAAAUCACUGCAGGAGUGAUGAUUUCUUUAUAAUUCUUUGUAUUUUUGAUGUAAAUGAGGGAUUCUGUGUGCAUUCGUCUUUUUUUAAACAAUUUUAAAUAUAAUGCAGAAAACUCUGGAUAUCUGGAUUUUUGGUUUUGUGUGAUGUGCUUUUCCGUGGUCAUUUAUCAUUGACAUUUUUACAUUAAAUUAACUUUUAACUUUUUUGGCAAUACCUUUUUAACCUUUCCAUUGCUCAGUAAGGAACAAAUGUAUACAUUUGCACAUUAAAUUAACAUGAUAAAAUGAUAGAUUUAUGAUAGAUUUAUUUUUUUAAUGUUUGUUAUUUUGUCAUGUUAUGAACCAACUUGCCAAUUUUAUGUGGCAGAAUUACAUGUUUUUCUGCAUAACUUGUUGUGAAUUUUUUCAUGCAUAAAUGUUUAUUAUUAAAGGACAUGUGAAACAUGC